AUGAUUCCAGAGCACUUAGUAAUGGGUAUUUUCUUCUUCUCCCAGACAACUGUGGGAAUUUUAGGCAAUUGGUCACUUCUGUUUCAUUAUUUCUUCUCUGUAUAUACGGGAAAGAAUUUGACACCCACAGACCAGAUUAUAACGCACUUGACCUUUGCCAAUUCCUUGGCUAUUAUGUCAAGAGGAAUUCCUCAGACAAUGAGACAAUUUGGGUCGAAAUAUUUACUGGAUGACACUGGAUGUAAACUUACUCUAUACUUGAACCGCAUAUCCCGAGGGAUUUCCCUGAACACCACCUGCCUCCUGAGUUGCUUCCAAGCACUCACAAUCAGCCCCAGAAGCGGCAAGUGGGUGGCAUGGAAACACAGAACCACCAAGUACAUCAGCCCCUGCUGUUCCCUCGGCUGGCUCAUACAUCUGCUUCUCAACAUCAUGAUUACAAUGCGAGUGACUGGUUAUCCCAACAGCGAGAAUUUCACUAACAGAUUUCAUUAUGGGUUCUGCUCAGGGUUUGUUUCCGGCACCAUAACAACUCCACUAUACGUGUCCCUGCUCUGCUGCACAGAUGGUCUCUGUUUGGGUCUCAUGGCCUGGGCCAGUGGCUCCAUGGUGAGCAUCCUCUAUGGGCACAAGAGGCAGGUUCGGUAUAUCCACAGUGCCCACCGCUCCCCUCGAGUCUCCCCGGAGGCCAGAGCCACCCAGACCAUCCUGCUCCUGGUGUGCACCUUUGUGACCUGCUACUCCCUCUCUUCCACCUUGGUAGUGUAUGUAACUUUCUUUGAGAAUCCGAGGCUAUGGGUGAUAAACAUCUUUGCAUUUCUAGAAACAUGUUUCCCCAUGUUUUGCCCCUUUGUCCUCAUCAAUAAUAACUCUACUUCCAGGUCCUAUUUUUCCUGCUGGGGGAGUAGGUAG